UGGUAGGAGAAAAAAAAAAAGCAAUUCACAAAGGAGGAGGAAGAAAGAGAGAGCUAAGAAAAAACACAAAGGCUACAUUUUGUACAAGGACGACGUUGGUUCAUUAGUCGUCGUCGGUCGUCGAAGAAAGAUUUCUUCCUUCUUUCUUCGCCGUACGAUCGUCGUCUAAUGGUAAAAUCAUCAAAUCCAAUGGCUACAACUUCUUCUUCUUCCUCUUCUUCCUCCUCCUCCUCAAUCCCUCCUUCUCCUGCUACACCGACCACUCCGUCACGUCCACAUAUUCUCCUCGAGCCACCGUCUUCGAAAAAGAAGAAAACCAAAACAAACGUUUUCCGAGUGUUACGCACCGUGUUUCGCUCUUUCCCAAUCUUUACAACACCAUCCGUAGCAUGCAAAAUCCCGGUUAUGCAUCCCGGCUUAGGCUUACCGGAUCCGCACCACAACACGUCAAGAAUCACCGGGACGUUGUUCGGAUACCGUAAAGGACGAGUAAGUUUCUCGAUUCAAGAAAGCCCUAAAUGCUUACCUUCUCUAGUCGUAGAGCUCGCCAUGCAGACCACAACGCUUCAAAAAGAGCUAAGCACGGGAAUGGUGAGAAUCGCUCUCGAGACUGAGAAGCAACCUCGGUCAGAUAACAACAACAAAACAGAGAAGAAGACUGAUAUAUUGGAAGAACCGCUAUGGACAAUGUAUUGUAAAGGAGAGAAGACAGGUUACGGUGUGAAACGAGAAGCGAACGAAGAUGACCUCAACGUGAUGGAGCUGUUACGUCCGGUGUCUAUGGGAGCCGGAGUAUUGCCGGGAAACUCGGAGUUGGAAGGACCCGACGGCGAAAUGGCGUAUAUGAGAGCUUAUUUUGAGAGAGUUAUUGGGUCUAAAGAUUCGGAGACUUUUUAUAUGUUGAGUCCUGAAGGUAACAAUGGACCCGAACUUAGCUUUUUCUUUGUAAGAGUUUAAUUAUUCACUUUUUCCAUGGUUUGACUUCCUUUAACGUGCAUGUAAAUUCCCGGAAACGCCGCCCGUCGACGUACGUUAUAUAUUAUUUUAGGAUAAUUAUAAGAAUUUGUUUCAAUGAUACAGUAUAUAGCUAUCUCUCUCUCUCUCUCUUCAGAGUAACCACUUCUUCAUAAUAUAUGUGAAGAGGGAGGGGUUUAUUUAUAUAUAACAUGAACUCAUAGACAUAAUUCCUUUAACUAAAAUGGGAUGGAUUCAUUAUUUAAAUAUAUAUUAUCCCGAAUAUCGAAAUAAUGGGACUCUUCUCGAUUGUCCGAGAAAUUAGACCAUAUAUCGAUGGUCAAUUUGUCGCUACAUCUUGGUGCCUGGAGGAGCUGGUCCAUCUUUUUGACGUGCCUGUUUUGAAUCACUUCCUCCAACGUCAAUCUUGAUAUCUCUGAUCAUCAUUUUUUCCCAAACCCCCUUUU